AUCGUUUCAGCGUGAUCUUUAUUUUAAAAUUAACAAAGAAACAGCCACAUACAUUAGAAGAUUAUGGUGGUGGAUUUGAAAGUAUAUAGCUUACAAAUAUGCUUAUAUUUAUGAUAACAUAAUCUCCUACAUCGUUGUAAAUUAGUUCCCGGUCUGAUUUUUCUUUUGUAUAUUUUUCUUGUGCUAUAAAAAUAAUAGUAUUAUUGUAGCACGAUAUUUUAACCUAUGGGGGGCAGUGUGGUCCCAUCUCCGCCCCUAUUACAGCAGCAGAAGAAGAAGGAUUUAGCUAGUGGUGGGCGCGUUUGUUGCUUGUUUGCUGUUGUAUUGAACCAGACACGGCUGACAGCUGACUGAGUCAUGAGUGAGUUCAGGAUCCACCAUGAUGUGAACGAGCUGCUGAGCCUGCUGCAUGUCCGAGGAGGUGAUGGAGCAGAGGGCUACAUAGACCUGCUGCAGAAACACAGGACUCCCUAUGUCAAUACUACAGUUUCUUCUCACAGUGCUAAGGUCAAAUUAGCGGAGUUUUCGAAAACCCCUGAGGACUUCUUGAGGAAGUACGAGGAGCUCAAGUCCAAAAAUGUUCGAAACCUCGACCCUCUUGUCUACCUGCUGUCCAAACUCUGUGAGGAUAAAGAGACGCUCCAGUUUCUGCAGCAAAAUGCCAAAGAGAGGUCAGAGUCAUCCACAAACACAACGGCAACAACGACCACAAGCUACAGUCUGCCUCAGACCAGCACCAAGAUGUCCAUGCAGGAGCUGGACGAACUGCGGAAGAAGCUCGGCAACGUGACUGCAAGCUCCAACGCUCCUAUGCCUGCUGAAGUCACACGGAAGAUGCUGAGGGACAAACACAACAAGAAGAACCCCACACAGCCCAACCCUGUGUUUCCUAACUGGGUGUACGACCGUCCCGCUCUCCUCGGAGACUUCAUCACCAGCCCGAGCCAAACAGGAGAUCCAGCUGUAGCUAUCGGUACGAUGCCCCUGCCUGCUCAGGAACAGGCUCUGGUGGAGGAUUUGCUCUUUGUGCUGGUUGGAGUUGAUGGGCGGGACAUCACAGCUCAGCCUGUCCUGGGGAGACAGAACCGCUCCUUCAUCGUCGAUUCAACGCUGGACAUGUCCAUCAAAGAGCUGGUUAACAGAAUAUUACCUGUUGCAUCAUAUUACUCCACUAUAACACGCUUCAUUGAGGAGAAGUCGUCCUUUGAGUACGGCCAGGUGAACCACGCACUGACGGCGGCCAUGAGGACCCUGAUGAAGGAGUACCUGAUCCUGGUCACUCAGCUGGAGCACCUGCAGCGGCAGGGCCUGCUGUCCCUGCAGAAGCUCUGGUUUUACAUCCAGCCCACCAUGAGGACCAUGGAGAUACUGGCCUCCAUCGCUUCCUCGGUGGACAAAGGGGAGUGUAUGGGUGGGUCGACACUGAGCCUCCUCCACGAUCGAACCUUCAACUACACCGGGGACAGCCAGGCUCAGGAGCUGUGCCUCUACCUCACUAAAGCCGCCAGCGUCCCCUACUUUGAAAUACUGGAGAAGUGGACCUACAGGGGCAUCAUCAAGGAUCCAUACAGUGAGUUCAUGGUGGAGGAGCACGAGCUGCAGAAAGAGAAGAUUCAGGAGGACUACAACGACAAGUACUGGGAUCAGAGAUACACCAUCGUACAGCAUCGCAUUCCUUCCUUUCUACAGAAAAUGGCAGACAAGAUAUUAAGCACAGGUAAAUACCUGAAUGUGGUGCGGGAGUGCGGCCGCGAUGUGACGUGUCCUGAUGCCAAGGAGGUGCUGUACACCCUGAAGGAGAGGGCGUAUGUGGAGCAGAUAGAGAAAGCUUACAACUACGCCAGCAAGGUCCUGCUGGACUUCCUCAUGGAGGAGAAGGAGCUGGUGGCACGCCUCAGAUCCAUCAAGCACUACUUUUUGAUGGACAAAGGGGAUUUCUUUGUGCACUUCAUGGACCUGACGGAGGAGGAGCUGAAGAAGCCUGUGGACGACAUUGUUCCCCCCAGACUGGAAGCCCUGCUGGAGCUGGCUCUUAGGAUGAGCACCGCCAACACCGACCCCUUCAAAGACGACCUCAAGAUUGACCUCAUGCCUCAUGACGUCAUCACUCAGCUGCUGCGGGUGCUGGCCAUCGAGACCAAACAGGAGAAGGCCAUCAUCAAUGCAGAGCCCACAGACACAGGCCUCAGCGGCCUGGAGGCCUUCUCCUUCGACUACAUCGUCAAGUGGCCCCUGUCACUCAUCAUCAACAGGAAAGCCCUGACGAGGUACCAGAUGUUGUUCAGACACAUAUUUUACUGCAAACACGUGGAGAGGCUGCUGUGCAACGUGUGGAUCUGCAACAAAGAUUUCAAGCUGUACUCCUCAAAUUGUGCAAAAUGGUUUGCUGCUGCGUUCGCCCUGCGACAGCGCAUGCUCAACUUUGUGCAGAACAUCCAGUACUACAUGAUGUUUGAGGUGAUGGAGCCCACCUGGCACAUCAUGGAGAAUAACCUGAAAACAGCGUCAAACAUCGAUGAUGUGCUCUGCCAUCACACCAGCUUCUUGGAUAACUGCCUGAAGGACUGCAUGCUGACUAACCCCGAACUCCUCAGGAUCUUCUCCAAACUGAUGUCCGUCUGCGUCAUGUUUACAAGCUGCAUGCAGCGGUUCACUCAGAGUAAGAGGUUAGAGCGUCUCUCUAGGGAGCAGGGGACUAUGGAUGGGCCUCCCACUGAGAGGGAACAUGCUGAGGAGGCAGAGAAGAAGAAGCUGAACACAAAGUUAUUAUCUGAGCAUGCAGACACCCUCCAGUCAGACGCUGGCUUUGAAACCAGCAUCAGCAAGUUUGACAGCAACUUCAGCACGCUGCUGCUGGACCUGCUGGACAAACUGAGCAUCUACAGCACCAACGACUGCGAGCACAGCAUGAUCAGCAUCAUCUACAGGCUGGAUUUCAAUGGAUUCUACACCGAGCGGCUGGAGAAGAUGGCCAUAGAGCGGAGCCAGAAAGCUUCAGCGUAGCAUGUCGUGACUUUAUUUGUAACAAUCAGCAAUAUAAAUGUCCUUUCCUCAUGUGUGUACACCACUCCCUGCCAAUGCAGAUAUUUACCAUAAAGACAAAAUAACUGAUGCAUCAGUGUGUAUAUUAUAUAUUAUGUACUGAAGGAAAUGUAGCAUUACAUUCUAAGGCUUGCAUCCUCAUUUCAAUGCUUCAAAUUGUACAUUUAAGAAAUGUUGAAACUGUCACUCUUUAUGGGUAACGUAUUGUACCUGUAAAAUAAAAAGGUAUGUUUGUAUUCAUUAAAACAAGACUUUACUGAAUAAAUGUAGACUCUUAACAUCUGCGUCCCACUGUAAAUCCCACCAUAAAGAUUUAUUUUCUUAGUGUAUAUAAACUGUAUGUACUGUACAUACUUUACACACAGUAAAACCACACUAAAAGAUAAUAACCUGAGAAGACCACAGUAUGGCUGAUUUGUAAUUUAG